AUAACAGAGUUAGGUUGGAGUGAAGCGGUGACGGCUCGGCGGGGGGCGCUGCUUAGAAGUAGUCACCGUUAUCUUAUGUCUUUCUUGGCAGCUGGGCACUCGGCCGGUGGGAGCCAUGACACAACAACGGGGCGUGAACGGGCUGAGGUUCAACCAGGACCAGAGUUGCUUCUGCUGUGCUAUGGAGACGGGGGUGAGGAUCUUCAACAUUGAACCCCUUAUGGAAAAAGGACACCUCGAUGUGGAGCAGGUGGGCAGCGUCGGCCAGGCGGAGAUGCUGCACCGGUGUAAUCUGUUGGCACUGGUGGGUGGCGGAAGUAACCCCAAAUUCUCCGACAUCUCAGUGCUCGUUUGGGAUGAUUCCCGAGAAGGGAAGGAUAAACUUGUCCUGGAAUUUACGUUCACUAAACCCGUGCUAAGCGUUCGCCUGAGAUCCGACAAGAUCAUCAUUGUGCUGAGGAAUCGGAUUUACGUUUACUCGUUCCCCGAUAACCCAACCAAACUCUUUGAGUUUGACACACGAGACAACCCCAAAGGUUUGUGUGAUCUCUGCCCCAGUAUGGAGAAGCAGUUACUGGUUUUCCCGGGACAUAAGUGCGGCAGCCUGCAGCUUGUGGAUCUGUGUAACGCGAAGCCAGGCAGCUCAUCUGCUCCGUUCACAAUAAACGCCCAUCAGAGCGAGCUGGGAUGUCUGGCCGUCAACCAGCAGGGCACGCUGGCGGCAUCGGCUUCUCGCAAGGGGACACUAAUCCGACUUUUCGACACCCAGACACGCGAGCAAUUGGUGGAAUUACGGCGGGGAACAGACCCUGCUACUCUAUACUGUAUCAGUUUCAGCCACGAUAACUCCUUCCUGUGCAGUUCCAGCGACAAAGGCACCGUGCACAUCUUUGCACUUAAGGACACUAAAUUGAACCGCCGUUCAGCCUUGGCAAGAGUUGGGAAGGUCGGCCCCAUGAUCGGCCAGUAUGUGGACUCACAGUGGAGUUUAGCGAGUUUCACGGUGCCCGCAGAAUCCGCUUGUAUCUGCGCAUUUGGUAAAAACACCUCCAAAAAUGUCAACUCAGUCAUAGCGGUCUGUGUGGAUGGAACAUUUCACAAAUACGUCUUCACCCCAGAGGGGAAUUGUAACCGUGAAGCCUUUGAUGUAUACCUGGACAUUUGUGACGAUGACAUCUUUUGACAAGCUUCGAGAUAACCGUGAGCGGGCGCUGCCUGUUUCCGGAGGACAACCAUCCAACUGUGUGCCGGAGAGUGGAAUUGCUGCUUGGAAUAGUGAUAAAGCGGCUUCAAGUAUUCUGCAUUGUGCGUUUUACUGUAAAUAUAUGUAAUUUAAUAAUAGCGUGUAUAUAAUGUACUCGUCCUGAACAUCUUUGAUUAUUAAAGAAGUUCUAAUGUGA